AGAAUCUAGAUCUAGAUCUUAAAUACCUGGUCAUAUUCUCUUAACAACAUGGCGGACCCUUUUAGCUCAGAUCUUUUUGCUGUUUUUGAAGAUUCUUCAAAAAAAGAUGCGAAAGAGCAAACAAAAGACAAAAGUGAAGAAGCCAAAGCUGAAAAACUAUUUAAUGAAAUAACAGUGAAAAGAAAAGCAGAGGGAGAUGCUGAGGAAGCUACCAAACGAACCAGAAAUGAAGAAAAAAUUGUUGAAAUUAUGCCGCGCCUUCAAGUGCACACAGUGGAAACUCUUGAAGCUUGUACUCAUGAGGUUGCUAUUCCACCAGAUGAAGAGUAUAUUCCCCUCAAACCUCCAACAAAUGAACCAGCUAAAGAAUACCCAUUUACGCUAGAUCCAUUUCAAAAGGAGGCCAUCCUUUGCUUGGAAAACAACCAAUCAGUGCUUGUUUCUGCCCACACGUCUGCUGGUAAAACAGUUGUGGCAGUGUAUGCCAUAGCAUUGUCCCUGCGCAGCAAGCAGCGUGUGAUUUACACCACACCAAUCAAAGCUCUAAGCAACCAAAAGUACAGAGAGUUGUAUGAGGAGUUUACAGAUGUGGGACUCAUGACUGGAGACGUCACAAUCAACCCAACAGCAAGUUGUUUAGUGAUGACAACAGAGAUUUUGAGGAGCAUGUUGUAUCGUGGCUCUGAAGUCAUGAGAGAAGUGGCCUGGGUUAUCUUUGAUGAGAUCCAUUACAUGAGAGACAAAGAGCGUGGUGUUGUCUGGGAAGAAACUAUUAUAUUGUUACCUGACAAUGUCCAUUAUGUUUUUCUGUCUGCAACAAUUCCCAAUGCUCGACAGUUUGCAGAGUGGAUUUGUCAUUUACAUCACCAGCCGUGCCAUGUAGUGUACACAGAUUACCGUCCUAUCCCUUUACAACAUUACAUUUUCCCAGCUGGUGGAGAUGGUCUACAUUUGGUGGUAGAUGAAAAUGGUGACUUUAGGGAAGAAAAUUUUAAUACUGCCAUGUCAGUUCUCAGAGAUGCUGGGGAUGCAGCUAAGGGUGAUCUCAGAGGAAGGAGAGGUGGUAGCAAAGCAAAUGAAUCAGAUUGUUAUAAAAUUGUGAAGCUUAUCAUGGAGAGAAACUUUGCCCCCGUCAUUGUGUUCAGCUUCAGUCGUAAAGAUUGUGAAGGCUACGGCAUGCAGAUGUCCAAACUAGACUUCAACACAGAGGAAGAAAAGACAUUGGUGGAGGAAGUUUUUAACAAUGCAGUUGAUGCCUUAUCAGAUGAAGAUAAAAAAUUACCACAGGUUGAGCAUGUUCUACCACUUCUUAAGAAAGGAAUCGGAAUACAUCACUCUGGUCUUCUUCCCCUUUUGAAAGAAACAAUAGAAAUUCUGUUUUCUGAAGGGUUAAUUAAAGCUCUUUUUGCAACAGAAACCUUUGCUAUGGGCUUGAACAUGCCUGCCAGAACUGUCUUGUUUACAGGUUGUCGCAAAUUUGAUGGCAAGGAUUUCAGAACUGUCACAUCUGGAGAAUAUAUUCAGAUGUCUGGGCGAGCUGGUCGUCGAGGACUUGAUGAAAGGGGUAUAGUCAUUAUAAUGGUAGAUGAGAAAAUAACUCCUGAUGUUGGCAAGGCUAUUUUAAAGGGAGAGCCUGAUCCACUGAAUUCUGCUUUUCAUUUAACCUACAACAUGGUUUUGAACUUGCUGAGAGUAGAGGACAUCAACCCAGAGUACAUGCUGGAGAGAUCAUUCUUUCAGUUUCAGAAUUAUGCUGCCAUUCCUGCACUUUUAGAGAAGUUGCAGGCCAAAGAAUCCGAGUACAAAGCUCUUUCUGUGGAAGAUGAAGAUUCCAUUUCAGCCUACUACAGGAUCAGGCAGCAGUUGGAGACUUUGGGUAGAGAACUCAGGCAUUUUAUUUUAAAACCAACAUAUCUUUUGCCAUUCCUUCAGCCUGGUAGAGUGGUCAAAGUGAAGAAUGAAGACAUGGACUUUGGUUGGGGUGUUGUCCUUAAUUUCCACAAGAAAAUGGAUCAGUCGGCCGCAACAGAUGAAACUGGCACCUUGUAUGUUGUAGAGGUUUUGUUGAAUCUAACCAAGGACAGUUUGAAAACAAGAAACUCUGCAGAAAUUAUGCCAUGUCCCAAGGGAGAUAAGGGAGAGAUGCAGGUUGUACCAAUUUUGACUCGGCUAAUAGACUCUGUGACUGCUAUUCGGCUGUAUAUACCCAAUGAUCUAAGAACACCAGACAGUCGCUUCCUUGUGUUGAAAUCAUUACAGGAAGUUGAAAAAAGAUUCCCAGAUGGUUUGCCGCUCCUAGAUCCCAUUGAAGAUAUGGGUAUAAAAGAGAAAUCAUUACUUGACACUAUCAAGAAAAUAGAAGCAUUUGAACAACGUCUGUACUCACAUCCCUUACACAAAGAUACAAGGCUGCCAGAGCUCUAUAUUCAGUAUGACAAGAAAACAAAGGUGGCCAAUGAUAUCAAAGCAUUGAAGCUGGAACUGAAGAAAAAGAAAUCUCUCCUCCAAAUGGAUGAGCUGAAGUGUAGAAAGAGAGUUUUGCGUAGAAUGGGUUACUGUUCAGCCUCAGAUGUCAUAGAGCUGAAGGGCCGAGUGGCCUGUGAAAUUAGCAGUGGUGAUGAGCUGCUGUUAACAGAACUACUUUUCAAUGGUGUCUUCAAUGACCUUACACCCCAACAGUGCUGUGCCCUUCUCAGUUGCUUUGUAUUCCAAGAGAAAGCUUCAGAGAUGCCCAAGCUGGGGGAAGAACUAUCUGGCCCAUUAAGAAUAAUGCAGGACACAGCACACCGUAUUGCAAGGAUCAGUCGAGAAGCUAAACUUGAUCUGGAUGAAGAAGUUUAUGUUGACUCCUUCCGGCCCCAUCUUAUGGAUGUUGUUAAUGCUUGGUGCAACGGUUCGACUUUUGCUAAUAUUUGUAAAAUGACAGAUGUAUUUGAAGGCAGCAUCAUUCGUGCAAUGAGACGACUAGAAGAAACUUUAAGACAAAUGGUGCAAGCUUCUAAAGCUAUUGGGAACACAGAACUAGAAAAUAAAUUUUCAGAAGGCAUUCGACAGAUUAAGAGAGAUAUUGUCUUUGCAGCCAGUUUAUAUUUGUAGAUAUGUUCAGAAGUUGUUUUUUUUUUUUAAUGAGUUGGAUAUCAUUUUUUUUUAGCCCAUCUAUGUAUCUUCACACCGAGUAUCUCAGUUGUUUGUUUCUCAAUUCUAAAUUUGUAUCAUUGCUGAAUUUUAUUCUGACUGUAAAUGUUAAUAAACAUCUAAAUGAUGAUCUUGUAUACAAAUAUCACCUAAACUAUUGUUGGCAUUUUGUAUGCUACAGAAUUUGGAUAUAGAAGCCUAACAAGUGCUGUACCUUGAAUGAAACCAUCAGCGAAGUUGUUUCCCUUUAUUCUAUUUUACAUUUUUGUUUUGUUCUAAAAACAAAAUGGUUUCUUUGUUUUAUCUGAUUGACAAACAUUUUAAAUUUGAGAUUGUUUCAACAGCAGAUGUUAGUGUAAUAUAGUUAUGUGUGACUGUUUACCUUCUUGUUAGAAUUUACAAGCUCAAAUGUACUGGAAUGUUUGAAGACUUGUUUCAAUGAUCAGGCUAGCAGCAGAAAAUGCAUUGUUUUUCAGGUUUGAUGAUAUGUAACUAAUGUUUUUGUAAUCAUUACACAAUAACUGAGACUCCACAGUUUUGAAAAUAAAAUAAAAAUCCUAAGUUUGA